AUGAGUUACGAUUACGAACCUCACCGCACUCGCCGCUAUGUCCGCGAGGAGCGACGUGAGGAGAGAGUCGACCCCCGCUACGCCGACGACCCCUACCUGAGGGUUUACGAGUCUCGCGAACUGGUUCCCAGGGCUCGGGAAAAUAGUGACCUCUCGGUCGAGGAGGUUCGCCGGGACUUCCCUCCCCCAGGAUACAGAGACGCAAGGAGAACCCGUUCAGCCGAACCUGGAUAUUACGACGAUUACCGGGGUCACGAUGAUCGGGACCGUGGCUACUACGACCGCGAUUAUGACCGCCGCAGCAGGAAGGCUGGCAGCCUUUAUUACGAGGAGGAAAAGAGAUCACGCGAGCGUGUUCUCAAUCAGCAAGAGAAGAUUCUAGCCGCUGUGGCCGGUGCUGCUUUGGCUUUCGGUGGCAAGGAGCUCUACGAUCGGAAGGAGGCCAAAGACCAUGGCGGCGACGUUGAGCGCAACUACCUGACAUCCGCUGCUAUUGGUGCUGCCGGCGCACUCGCUGGCUACCAGGGUGCUGAGUUCUACAACAAGCACAAGGAAAAGGAGGAGCGAAACGCCACGUACGUCUUGCAUCGUGGCCGCGAUGGUAAAGUCACCGAGUACUACUCCGAUGAUGAAGGCGGUGAGAAGGAGAAGAAAGGAUCAAAGUCUUUUCUCGAGAACGCCCUAGCAGCCUCUGGUCUGGGAGUCGCUGUCAAGGCUCUCACGGGCGCUGCCGGUGGUGGUCACCACGAUGACCGCCGCAGCGACACGAGAAGCCGCCGUGGCAGCCCAGACUCUAGAGGUUCUCGGUCCAAGUCGCGCGGUCCCGGUGGAGAGGCUGCGAACAAGAUGCAAAAGGCCGCCAUGGCAUCUCUAAUUGCUGGAGCCACCGAGGCUUUCCGUGUCGCCAAGGAGCCCGGUGGCUGGAAGGGCGAGAAGACCAAGCGUAUUCUCACUGCCGCUGCUGGUGCGGCUACCAUUGAUGCCGCGCAGAGCGGAGAGAAGCAGAGUAAGCUGGGCUUGGCCGAGUCUGUCAUUGGCGGUCUCGUAGGCAACCGCGUUAUCAACGGAUCCAAGCGUAAUAUCGAAGAAGAUCGCAGGACCGGCCGAAGCAGGUCUCGAUCUCGCGCUCGUUCCGAUGGCGGGGGCGGCGGACCAGGGCUGGCAGCUCUGGCCACGGCCGGACUAGGUGCUUUCGGCGCAAAGAAGGCCAUUGAGAACGUUCGCUCUCGUAGCCGCGGCCGUAGCGCCGAUUCUUACGACAGCCGAGCGUCCAGCCGCGACGGUAGACGUCACAGAAGCAGAAGCCGCAGCGUUGUGGACUCGGCUCGGAAGAAGCUCGCCAAGAUCGGCCUUGGCAGCGAUCCCGACGACAGAGAGAGAGACAAACAUGCUCGGGACGACAGUUACUACGAGGAUCGAAGCUCCCGCCGCGGCCUGAGCCGCAAGUAUUCCGACGAGUAUGAUGACGGUUACGACAGGGGCUACGCCCGUAGUACGCGCGAUGGAUACGAUGACGAUAGAUCGUCUUACACGAGCGGCCGGCGUCGGGACCGCUCCCGUCGCAGGGGAGCACGAUCGGACGCAAGCUCAGACUCCGACCUCGGGGAUUCUGAUGAUGAUGAGAAGCGGGCAAGAAAGAUGAGAGGUAAGCAAGUGAUCACAACAGGCCUUGCGGCCGUUGCCACCAUACACGCAGCACAUGGGGUCUAUCAGAGUAUGGAAAAACGCAAUGCACGGCAGAAGGCUGUGAGGGAGGGUCGGCUGAGUCCAGAAGAAGCCAAGAAGCUCAAGACAAAGGCAAUGCUGCAAGAUGCCGCCUCUGUCGGAAUCGCAGCUCUUGGUAUCAAGGGUGCCUGGUCUGAGCUCAAGGAAGCCAAGGAGAUGACGCACGAGUGCAAGCAAUUUCAACAUGAGAAAGCCGUUCGACACCAAAAACGAAUUGAGAGGCAGAGACGGCUCAACGGCAGUGAUGGCGGAAGACGCGGCAGGGCCGACGACUGGUAUACUUCGUCUUCUCCGCGGACAGAUCGUUAUGACUACGGAUCUGUCUACAUGAACGGGAACCCUUACUCUGCGGGUCCUUUGCCAGCGCCUCCUGUUGGUUACGACAGGAGGUGA